GAGCAGACAGGCACCCAGGACCCGCGGAGGACGGAAGGACUUUAGUGGGGAUUAAACGCUCCUCUUCCCUCUUUCUGGAUUCUCCCACUCUCUGAGAAGAAUGGAGAGUUUUUUGCUUUGAAAACUUUUUGUUCCUCGUCUGCCCCUCUCUCUCUCUCUCUUUCUCUCCGUCCCGUUCAUCAUCCAGCCGUGCGUGGAGGCAGCGGCGAACACCCCCCCCCCCCACGCCACAGCCUGUCCCACUGGAGCGGGACGGGCCGGAUCGCCUGACACACGCCGGAGGUGCUCCGAGUUAUGGAUGUUGACGCAUUCCUUUCGGACGCGACGGGAAGCGACUCCGGGAGACCCAGCGGCAGCACGGGGCUUUGCCCCCCGACCCCAGCCCCUUUUCUUCCUGCCUCCCCAGCAUGUUCCUUGCCGUGAGGUGCUUGCCGGUCCUCAGAGCUCCAGCACCAUGUGGAAAUGGAAAGUGAGCCAGGGCAGAGUGGCUCUGUGCUCCCACCUCUCCUGCCUCUCGCUGCUGCUGGUGCUGCUCCUCUGCUCGCUGCCGGUGGCCUGUCACAGCGCCCUGCGCCCCGGCCGCCUGCCCCGCGGCACCAACUCCUCGGUGGUGGUGGGCAGACACGUGCGCAGCUACAACCACUUACAGGGAGAUGUCCGACGCCGCAAACUCUUCUCCUUCCAGAAGUUCUUUCUUAGGAUUGAUAAAAACGGCAAAGUUAACGGCACCAAGAGCAAGGACGACCCGUUCAGUAUCCUAGAGAUCAAGUCUGUCGAAGUGGGAGUGGUGGCUAUCAAGGGGCUGAGUAGCAACUACUACCUGGCCAUCAACAAGAAGGGCGAGCUGUACGGCUCGAGGGACUUCAGCCCGGACUGCAAGCUGAAGGAGCGGAUAGAGGAGAACGGCUACAACACCUACGCCUCGGCAGAGUGGCGCAACAAGAAGAAGGCCAUGUUCGUGGGCCUGAUGGCCAAUGGCAAGCCCAUGCGGGGCAAGAAGACACGGCGGAAAAACACAGCCACACACUUCCUGCCCAUUGUGGUGUAGCUUGCGGCCAGCGUGCCCAAGCGGGACUCCAGCACCACCGGCGGGGGCUGCACAGGACACGCCCGCAUCACCUGACCCAGCGCCGAGAGGAGAGGGAUGGUCUUUGCAUGCCACGCAAUUUGGAAACAACAAAUGGACAAAAUUCAGAAGCGGAGGAUGCGAGAGGGAUCCCCCAUUAGCGUGCACGGGUGGCCCACACGGCGAUGCAUACUGGAAGCUGCUGGCAGGGACGGGGGGCGGCCCCCCCCCCCCCGACGCACUGGUUGGGUCACUCCCAUGGGUCUCUCCACCUUAAUUUCCUGACUGCGUUUCAAUAAAUUAUUUAUUUUAUGUGAUAUUUAAAGAAAGAAACUGAAUCGCGGUUCAAAGCAAUGCCGUUCCCAUGCCCCUCCUUUGCCAUACGUCUGCCGUGUUCGGCAGGCGAUCCCACAGGAUGAGUGGCCCGGAGCUCGGCGCUGGCGGUCCUUAGGGACGAGUCCCAUUAGGCCGCCAUGACGCCCAGCACACGCGUCUCUCUGAAGGCGCCGCCUUUGCCUGUAAGGGCCCCACAUAACAUCAGCGGCAACCAGAGCUCCGAAAAUAAGCAUCCUGUACGAGCCCCACCUCAGAGCCCAGUGCAUCCUGCAUGGCUGGUUGUUACCCAGACCAAAGAUCUCCAAGGGCUGUGCGGAAGAGAGGAAGGGGGAUGCAUCCAUUGAGUCACUAGUAGUGUCAGCCCAGGCUUAAGGAGCAAAGCAGCAGCAGGUUGCCGUGGCCGCGGGCCGAGGUCCACUGUCCCCUCACCGUGUAGAUAUCGCCUCAUAAUGAUCAUAUAAUUCUGCAUUAUUGUACUGAUCCUGCCAUCUAACUUCAUAAUUUGUUGUUUAAAUGUCUGACUUAUUUGAGUUGUUUGGGAGCUGUACUUCUGUUCUUUUUUUUAAAGAAAGUGUUGUUUUUUAAAGAGUGAAAUAUAUUUAAAGUAUAACUCUAUGGAAUGCAUUUUUAUGGCUCCAUUGUAAGUUAUUGUUAUUUACUGUUGGAUCAGCACUUCGCUCUUGGUGGAGAAGACUGCCCCCCCC